GCUCUUUGUGCAGCUUUUCUAUAGAAAUUUAUCAGGGUGCCUUUUUUUGUUCCAAACUUGUAUCUGGAUUGUGGGUAGUCUCUUUUUUAAUCCCCAACUCUCCUUUGUGUGUCCAUGUGAAAGCGUGAUUGGUGAAGCUUUUGGAUGGUAGGUUUUGUUUGUUUGUGCCUUUGGAUAAGUGCACGUUAAGAAGAAGGUACUCCUUGUAACGGGUUCAAGGAAGUUAGAGUGCAAUUAUUUCUUUCUGACUGGUGUGCUCAUCUUUGUGUUGGAUUUCUGGCAUACUUCGUAACAUUGGUCACUUUGGUUUUUCUGAUUUCGGGGGUUCAGCGAUUGUAUCUUAGACUCCAAGCAUGAAGGAUAAGAUCUGGACAUUGCUCUUUUUGUGGAGCCUCGUGGGCUUUAUAGGUUCCACAGAGGUGAGGGUGUCGGGAGAACAACUACUCUAAAAAAUUGCCAUUCAUAAGGCUAUGCUUGCUCUAGAUGAGUCUGCUCACAUUGAAGCAUCCCCUCUUGUUCUUGGCUUGAAGGGAGAAAAUAUGGAAUGGGUAACGUUGAAGUUUAGUUAUCCUAACACAUCAGGUGAUGAUUGGAUAGAAGUUUUUUCUCCUUCGAAUUUCAGUGCUGCAAUUUGUGAACCUGAAAACAAGAGAGAUCAGGCUCCGUUAUUAUGUACUGCACCUAUUAAGUAUCAAUAUGCAAACUACUCAAAUCCAAGCUACACAAAUACAGGGAAAGGGGUUUUGAAACUUCUACCGAUCAACCAGAGGGCUGACUUUUCUUUUGCAUUAUUCUCAGGAGGUAUGUCAAAACCGAAGCUGAUUGCAGUCUCAAAUACAAUUACUUUUGCAAAUCCAAAAGCUCCUGUUUAUCCAUGCCUAGCUCAAGGGAAGUCCUGGAAUGAAAUGACAGUUACAUGGACUAGUGGGUAUGAUAUUCAUGAAGCUGAACCUUUUGUUUCGUGGGGUCCAAAAGGAGGACCAAAGACUCAAUCUCCUGCUGGAACUUUGACUUUCAAUCGUAACAACAUGUGUGGUUCCCCUGCAUGGACAGUGGGAUGGCGUGAUCCUGGUUAUAUUCAUACAAGCUUUCUGAAAGAUCUAUGGCCUAACUCAAUACACACCUACCGUCUGGGUCACAGAUUAUUUGACAACUCAUACAUUUGGAGCUAAGCUUACCAUUUUAGAGCAUCUCCUUAUCCUGGACAGGAAUCUGUGCAUCGUGUUAUAAUUUUUGGGGACAUGAGAAAGGCAGAACGUGAUGGUUCCAAUGAAUACAGCAAUUACCAGCCCGGUUCUUUGAACACUACUGAUCAGCUUAUCAAGGACUUGAGAAAUAUUGAUAUAGUCUUCCAUAUCGGUGAUCUAUCUUAUGCUAAUGGGUACUUGUCACAAUGGGAUCAGUUCACCUCCCAGAUAGAGCCAAUUGCUUCAACUGUACCAUACAUGGUUGCAAGUGGAAACCCUGAACGCGAUUGGCCAGGUACUGGGUCCUUUUACGCCAACAUGGACUCAGGUGGGGAGUGUGGUGUGUUGGCUGAAACCAUGUUUUAUGCGCCUGCAGAGAACAGAGCUAAAUUCUGGUAUUCAACCGACUAUGGCAUGUUUCAUUUCUGUGUCGCUGAUAAACAUGACUGGAGACCAGGCACUGAGCAAUACAAUUUAUUGAAAUUUAUUGAACACUGUUUAGCAACAGCUGAUAGGCAAAAACAGCCAUGGCUCAUCUUUGUGGCUCAUCGAGUUCUGGGAUAUUCCUCUAACUCAUGGUAUGCUCAAGAAGGAUCUUUUGAGGAGCCUAUGGGGAGAGAGAGCCUACAGGGGCUGUGGCAAAAGUACAAGGUUGACCUUGCUUUUUAUGGUCAUGUACACAAUUAUGAAAGGACAUGUCCUAUCUACGAGAGCAUAUGCAUGAGCUCCGAAAAAUCCCACUAUACAGGACCGCUUAAUGGAACAAUCCAUGUAGUUGUUGGUGGUGGAGGUGCCCACCUCUCUGACUCCACAACCCUUCAGACAAGCUGGAGUCUCUACAAAGAUUAUGACUUCGGGUUUGUAAAGCUCACAGCAUUCAACCAUUCGUCUCUGCUCUUUGAGUAUAAGAAGAGCAGAGAUGGUAAAGUUUAUGAUUCCUUCACAAUUGACAGGGAUUACCGAGAUAUCCUCACCUGCACAGUCGAUAGUUGCCCAAGAACAACGAUGGCUUCUUAGUUCCAGUGGUCUGAUUCUUCAAUUAUUUUAUUGAAAUAUUGAUGGUUGCUGCAACCUGCAGAUCCCUUUGUAUAUUGACCUAGACGGUGGUGAAUCUGCUUCAUCGAAAUAAAUGCAUAGUGAACUUCUCCUA